AUGACGACAGACCCCUUAGAACUGGAAGUUGCCCCUUCCGAAUUCCUCAUCUCUCCUAAUCUCUCUCCAUCAUCAUCUCUCUCGUCGUCUGACGUCGACGAUGCCGCUUCGCUCACUCAAUCGCUCAACUACGAUAUGCUACUGAAGAAAGAUUUAGCGCUGGAAAUAAUUAAGUCGGUCAACUUGAUUUUGAAAUAUAUCAAUUCAUCAUCUGAUCAUUUGGAAAAGUUGAAACGUUGUAGUACGAGGAGCGACCAAAAAAUUGGUGCUCUCCUAUUGGACCACCUCUGCCCAUCCAUCCAUGCCCUCAUGUUGGACGGGGUCAAACAUACGGUACCCUCCCUAUUUGGAAGGGUCAAGAGUUCAGCCUGCAAGAUUUUUGAGGACUCUGUCGAUGGUGGUCAGUCACUGGAAGUCCUGGCGAACCUGCCGAAACUCAUGAAAGACCUCAAGUUCCUGAACAGUCAGUGGCUCAAGUUCAAUUCCUAUCUAUUUGCUCUGCUCAAUUUAAAAUUACUGGACGUCUGGUUAUGCAGCCUGCUACAGAACAAAUUCCUAGUGCACAGAUAUUACAAUCCAUCUGCUUUUCUACAUUUGGUGGCUUUUGCCGAUGGCUACAAUGGCAAUAAUAAUAAUAACAAUAAUAAUAUUAAUAAUAACAAUAAUAAUAGUAAUAAUAGUCAGGUAAAGAUUAAUGACCCGCUGCGACUUAGCGGUAGCUGUAAUCUGGCGACGAACAUUAACGAUGACGUCAUCAAUUCCAAGUUUAACUCCGGCAAGAGAGCUAGCGUGGAGAUGGCGUGUUCGUCGCUGUUCAGCGAGGUGAUGACGUCAUUACAGAACCUCUCGCACUAUCAGUUCUGCUUGGAGUACGAUUACGAAGUGAGGGUGAUCGAACGCCGCCGACAGAACUUCAUCGCGGAGCAACUUCUAAACAAGCACGUCGCCAUGUCAAAUGACGCAACCACCGAUACGACUAACUACCACGGCAAUCAUCAUUACCACAGCCAUCAGCAUCGCGUCAGGAUGGGCACGCUGAAGCAUACGUCAUCGUUGGAUUCAACCAAUCACGUCGUUUCUAGCUCGCUCCACAUCCACAAUAACACCCACAACAACGCUUACGGCAACUACAUUCUGAAAAACCCCACUCAUUCCCUAUGCCUUGAUGGAAAAUAUAGGAGGAACUUGGAAAGUUUGGAUGAAAAUUCAUCGCUGUUCUGGUCGUCGGCCAGUUUUGAAAGUUUCACAAAAAACUUCCUCCAAAAGACGCAGAACAAACUGGCCGAGAAAUUGUACAGCGGUGGCAAAAGUGUUAUGUCGCCAGAUGGCAGUCUAUACAGGCUGAUGCAACACUUUGGCAUCAGUAUUAAUUCCUGCGAGAAGUCUACUCAAACCGUUGACGACCAGUUCCAACAGCAGCAGCAACAACAUCAACAGGAUAGCCAGCAACACUUUCAUUCGCAACUGUACAAUCCCGUGGACACGUCAACGCGAAUGACACAACGACAACUACAUGCUCUGACACCAUCGCCGCCUUCUCCUAGCAACAAAAACAACGUCAACAACAACAACAUCAACAACAACAACAACAUCAUCAACAACAACAGCAACACAUCAUCAUCAACACCAAUAAUCAGAAUGUCAUCAUCGUCGUCGUCAUCAUCGUCGUCAGCGUCCCUUAGUUCCUAUGGACAUAAGCUGGUGAAUUUGUUUGAUAAGCUCUUGUUAUCGAACGCCGGUAGAGUUGAGGACAAAAUGGACGAAUGUGCGCCGAAGCAAUUCCACUCGCAAGAACAAAUCAAUGUCGAUAGAUGCAACCAGAGUUUACAACGUUCUAAUGUUUUGGCCAGCUCUGUAAGUGUACAGGGCAAAGGAGGCAGUAAUAUGGCAGCGCACACCUUAUGCCACUACGUCGCAAUGGACAAACAGUUUCUGAGCUUCGAGAAAGAUCUGCCGUUGCUCGUGGUCAAGGACGUAGGUCAUGACCUUUACCUCUGUCGUCAUGCUGGCCAGGAGGGCCUCGUCUACAAGGCCUGCAUACGUCUGCUCUGA